AAGGCCCAGCGAGUCAGCAGCUCCGGACUGUGGGCAAUGAGAAUAUUGCCCUCUUUUCUGGGAACGAAUCUCCACCACUUUCAGUUUCCGGUCUGUAUAUACAAUGUCUUUGGCACUGGCCCCAGCUCUAGCUUGUCUCAACUUUCUAGUCAGAGUAUUGAGCGAGGGACUUCUCGCCCUGCACCUUGUCAACAAAACGGCAGACCGCCUACGGCCCCGAACCGCCGAAUUACCAAACAGCCAUCAUCACCGACAAUACCUCACGUAUUGGAGAACCGAACGAUUACACAAAAUCAGGCACCUCUUGCAACCCAGCCUGUUAUUGAUGCGCCUACUCAGCAGCCAAACGCUAUCAGCGCACCGAAUACUCAAGCACAGCUCCCGAUUACCUCUAGCAAUCUUACCAACCGUGGCCUACCUACCUAACUCCAGGUUUGCGACCAGUUCGCUCAGCGCCAGAGAGUUCUUCCACACCGGCUCCUCCUCAAACCCAGCACCUGAAUCUUCUUGGGGCACUCGAGCACAAGCGAGUGAAACUCUUUCAGAGCCGGCUUUGCAAGCAGAGGCUUCAAGAUGUAUUCAACGAUGCGAUUGGUAGCACGGUCACUAAGGCCCGGAAGAUCGAGUGUUGAUGUUGCGCGAGCGGCGGCG